AACCAGCUAGUUCUCUUUGAGUCGCUGGUCGUGCAGCUUCUUUAAAGGAGGAAGUCAGGAGACAGCACUGGUGUCUGGAAUUUGAACAUUAUCUGUCUUGCAUGGUUAGCAGUAUCUUCAUAAAAGAGCAGAUAAAUGAAAAUGAGGUUAAGGACAAUUUAAAGUCUGAAAAAAAGAAAAAGUGCAGCUCUUUCCUUUUGGAUAAUGAAUAACUAUUAAAUGGAGCUUAAUGUAAGUAUCUUUCAGGUUGUUAGAGAAAGACAUGCAUCUGUCAAUACUGAAGGGCUUACUGUAGUUGUAAUGAAACGAAAGUAUCUGGUCUGUGUUGUAGAGCUGGUAACUUAAAGUUCCUGUUUGACCUUCAAAUCUGUCAGAUGUAGCAAUGGAUUAGUUAAGGUUUGAAAAGUAAUAUAAUUUUGUGACAGACAUAUUUCUUUGUCAGUCUGUCAGUAGCAAAAGUUAAUAGAUAAUUCUUGACCUAAAAAGGUGAUAUGGAAGUUGUGAGCGCUGAGUCUUCCAGUAAACUUAAAAAGAUUUUAGUGAAACUUUGCUGAACUAUCAUUACUUAUGCUGUAAUACAAAACCAGUGUCUUUGAAUAAGAGAACUUAAGAGUUUCAGGAGGCACAAAUAGCUGUGAAACCAAACCUGUGAAGACUUUUUAUGGAGGUUUUAUGCUAGUUUUCAGACUCUUGUACAGAUGAACUUUGGCACCAUUAACAUCAUUUCAGUUCUCAUGAAGACAUCAUCUUUAGCUGCCCAAGGCAGGUGUCUCAAAUAAUGCUGUUUUCUAGGCUUCCUGUCAUUGAUUUGUAACUUCAGUCAUAUUGGAAGGAACAGUUAUAGGUGGUUGCUGAUGUCUAUGAAGUUCUGUAGUAGCAGCCACAAAACUUAGUAGAAUCUAAUGAAUUUAUUCACUGUUGCUGUGAGGCACAGGAUUGACAGCAGGCUCACUUUUCUUGUGGGCUAUGAAGGAGAGCAGCAUACUAUUUGCUGGAAAAAAUGUAAAAGGCGAGAAACUUCCUUCCAGAUGGUACCAUUAUCUGCAGGUUUUUUGGUUUUGUUUUAAUUGAUUAUCAAAGAAACUAAAGCUAAGCAUUGUUUGAAGGGAUGGAAGAGGGUGGGAAUGCCAAAUUCGGAGUCUGAGGAGGAAGUUAAAAAAGUGCUUACUGCAUGAAUGUGUUAUAUUCUUCAUAGGUGGCAUGAAACGUCCUGUUCGUAAGCAUAUACAUAAGGAAUGCUCUUGGCACACCUUGAUAAGUUACUUUGGCCUAAACAUCGAUUGCCUCUUAUAAAAACCUAAAUGGCAGCUCAGAAAAGGAAGUCUAUGUUAGUAGAGCCUUCUGCUAAACGUCCGAAGCUGGACAAGAACAGCAAACCAUCAUCAGCGAAGAAGGAAAAAGAAGUGUCAGAUACAAAACAUGUGUCAAAUAAAUCAAAGCCUAAUCAGUGUGCGGUGCAGGAGAAAAGUGUACUCAAAACCUCCGUCAAAUCAAACAGUGACAGCACCAGUGAACCUGAACUAGGAACGCGCAUGACUACAAGGUCUUCAGCACUGAACUCGAACAAUAAAACUACACCUGACAAAAAGGUCCAACAGCAUCCUAAAUCUACAAAAAAUAAGGAGGUAUGCCAGAAAAAAUCCAUGCAAGAAAUUCCUAAGUCAAAAUCCAUAAUUGCGCCAAAUGAGCCACUAAUGAGGAGAUCACAGAGACUUCAGCAGCUAACGCAUGUACAAGUACCAGCAAGGUCACUGCGCAAUAGAGAAGUUAAAGAAGAAAAAGCUUUUGAAGCUAAGCAGAGCAGCCAGGCAAAAAGACACACCCACAGUGUUGCAGCAAAAGCCCUUAAAUCUGCUGGAGAGAAAACGGAGCAGAAAAACAAAAAAACAAAGCCAAACAAUACAAAAGAGGAUAAAGAAAUACAUGUAGAAGUGACCAGCUCUCUGAAAGAGAAAAAAAGUAAAGCAGAAAAUAAAAAUGGUAAUUCCAAGAGCUUUCAACAAAACCUUCAAGGGUCAUCAUUAUGUCCUAAUGAAAGUCUGGAGGAAGUUAAGAAGGACCAAACGGGCCCUGUGUCUCCUAUUCCUAGCAAUAUAAAGAAAGUGGAAGCAGAGUCUCUUAAGCCAAAUUCCAAGACAGUAACUAAGGAAAAACAACAAAUGCAUCAGAACGUAAAAAGCAGUACAAAACCAAAAAAGAUUUCACAGCCCUCUGUAAGUGAAACAAAUGUGGCUGACCCACUAGAGAACGAUGCAAAAUCCAAAAGGGUGAGCAUCCUUGAACUCUGUGAAGAAAUCGCAGGUGAGAUCGAGUCAGAUACAGUGGAGGUGAAAAAAGAUUCCCCUAAUGCCAAGUAUAGCAGAACAGAAGAAAAGCAUGCCGACAUACAGCUUCAACAAAGCGAAAUGCUUACUCAGACAGAACCUAGUCAAAGUACUCAAUGCAAACGGUUUUUCCCUAGCAAAAAAGGAAUGCCUGUCAAAUGCACUCUGAAUGGUAGAAAUAACUCCUCAAACAAAAACUCUAAAUGGACCAAAAUUAAAUUACUGAAAGCUAGUAACAUAAAGCAAAGUAACUUCAAUUCUGCAAAUGCCCCCAAGCUUUCUUUGUUAAAGGAUUACCCUGAAGUUUCAGAGGCAAGUCAAAUAGCUACAGAAGCAGAGCUUUCGAAAGCACAAGGCAAGCUGUCAAUAACAAGACUCUCUGAGAAUGAAAGUGCAACUUGCGUGCAGGAGAAAUCAGAUCCUUCAUCUGAAAGAGCUGAAGCUAAAGAAGUGACGUUAGAAAUAAAACAGCCCACAAAGAGAGGUGCAGAAAAUGGUUUGUUGCAUAAUUUGACAAAACAUUUAUAUGAACCAAGGCCAGAUGAGACCUUCCGAUUACAUUUGGAAUCAAGUCCAGAAAGUUCUCCACUAAAGUAUGUUACAGCUCCUAAACCACCAAAACAAAUAAAAAAAGAACCCGGAGAAAGUGAACCUCAAGGUUUGGCUCCCAAGCAGUUGACACAAGCUUCACUGACAAAUCAGACUUCUGAAGCUGAGGACAGGGUUCCGUUGUCAAAUUCCUCAUUAGCAUCAAAAUGCAGUAACUUCAUGCCAUCUGAGGAACAUAUUCAGAAGCUAAAAGAGGCAGGAAAAGAUGUUGACAAGCAGCUGAUCAUAGAUGCAGGACAGAAGAGGUUUGGUGCUAUUUCCUGUAAUAUUUGUGGAAUGCUUUACACUGCGUCAAAUCCAGAGGAUGAAACCCAACAUCUGCUAUUUCAUAACCAGUUCAUAAGUGCUGUAAAAUAUGUGGGUUGGAAAAAGGAGAGAAUUUUGGCUGAAUAUCCUGAUGGAAAGAUAAUAAUGGUUCUUCCUGAUGACCCAAAGUAUGCACUUAAAAAGGUUGAAGAAAUUAGAGAAAUGGUAGACAAUGACUUGGGAUUCCAGCAAGCUCCUCUCAUGUGUUACUCUAGAACUAAAACUCUUCUUUUUAUUUCUAAUGACAAAAAAGUCAUCGGCUGUUUAAUUGCAGAACAUAUCCAGUGGGGCUAUCGAGUUAUAGAAGAGAAGGUUCCAGAAGUCAGUUCAGAAAAUGAGAAAGUCAUAUUUGAAAGACAGAAAGCAUGGUGCUGUUCCACUUCUCCAGAGCCUGCUAUUUGUGGGAUUAGUCGAAUAUGGGUAUUCAGCAUGAUGCGUCGAAAGAAGAUUGCGUCUCGGAUGAUAGAGUGUCUUAGGAGCAACUUCAUCUAUGGCUCAUACUUAAGUAAAGAAGAAAUCGCUUUCUCUGACCCCACUCCUGAUGGAAAACUCUUUGCAACACAGUACUGUGGCACCGGCCAGUUCCUGGUAUACAACUUCCUCAAUGGACAGCACCAGACUUAACCACUCCCGAAGGAGUUCUGUUUUUAUCGGGAGACUUCUGCCAAAUGCACUGGGUGGGUGCAGAUCUUCAGCAGAAGCCAGGGCCAUUUUUAUUACAGUGAACUCAGGACUGGUAACAACCGAAAGGUUGUACUAUUUUAUUAAAAUUGUAAACAAUGCAGUAAUAGGCUAACUUUGUUUUUCUAAAAGAAAGAUAUUUUAUUAACUUUUGCAAAAGUUUGAUUGUAUUUUAUCUAGUUAGUCAUGUUUACAUGCAGCAGAAAAUUGUUCAUAGUGGACUGUAAACUAAUGCAAAGACUCUAGUCUCCUUGAUGAGUACAUGCUGAAGUUCUUAAUGUGGUGAUAUACCAGUGCGUGUCGGUGCUGUAGCACUGGUCUGCUGCCACCCUUCCAGCAGCGGUUGCUGGCAGGACAGAGUUGGAGGUUACACUCAAUUGCCUUGAGUCAAGAAGCCUUCCAGUGGAGUCCUUGUGGGUGACAACCCUCAGAGACUGCACGGUGGUUCCUGGGGUGUGUGCUGGGCCCAACUGGGUGCCAGGGAGCCUGCAAGGUGGCAGCAGCAUUGGAAACUUAUUCUACCCCCCCCGCCCCUUCUCCUGCAGAUGAGCUGUAGGGUAAAAGGCAGAAUGAAAGCCCCAGGGACUGGUGUAAUCAUCAUUUUCCUUCAAGUACUGUACUGAGUAUAUACCUUUGUUAGUGGACUUCGCUUUGAUACUUGUCACUCCUUCAUAAAUCUCUCCUCUUUUAAAGGGUUUGUAUGUUGAAAAACUGCUGUGGCCUUUCUUGAUCUGUACAUAAUGUAGAUAGGUUAAAAAUAAAAUACUUGAUAGCUUUUUUAAAGUUA